AUGGACAUCUUCAUCGAUGCCUUGGUCGACCAAGAGGAAUUGCUGUGGCUCAACUGGUGCCGCCAAUAUCUCCAAGUCACCACCCUCUUGGAACUCACCACCGCCGACGGCCGCCGUCGCCGAUUGUUGCAGCCCCUCGGACCGUGGUCUGAUUCGCUAGACCGCUGGACCUGGCUCUUCUCUCGCACCGCUUUGAUCCUCUUCCAUCGGACGGCCGCAAGCCUGGCAAUCUACCGACCCAUCAACUCGCGUUCCCAUAAGACCUUCCGCAGGGAUCUUCACCACACCUGGACGGGAACCCUUCCCGGGGACGUCCAAAGGGCAUCAGUCAACCUUCACCCACGGACAGCCUACGUCACUGUCACGGGCACGGCCCCGGUAGAUCCACCAGACCCGGAGUCCUUGCCAGCCUCGAUCCUUCACAUCUGGAGGGAAUUGGCAGCCGACAUGGACGACAAUUGGGGAUGGGUCCCGGAAUACAUCUACAUUGAAGGUGACAAACAAGUCCUACUGGAGGCACUGGAGAAGGGAAAGCUACGGGUGAUCAGCGAUGGCUCCUUCAAGCAACAAGUGGGCACAGCCGCAGUCCAGCUACAAACUAGACGGGGAGGGCACGUCAUCUGGAUCAAGUGCCGUACACCUGGUAAACGAGAGGAUCAGAGUGCGUACCGGAGUGAACUUAUCGGUCUGUUAGCUGGUAUCUUGGUGGCUUCUUGGCUCCGCCUACGCCUACAGUCCCUCGCCAAGCCACGAGUCUGUGUGGCGUGUGAUGGGAGUGCCGCGCUUCGCCAGGCCUUCUCGACUUGGCCGCUGUCUCCAAUCGCCCCACACUUCGAUCUCUUGUCCUCCAUCUGCGAGGCCCUCCGAGUUUCCAACAUAUCCUGGGCCGAACAACACGUGGGCGGCCAUGCUGACCAAACCAAGACAUGGCGACAGAUGUCUUGGUGGAAACGACGGAACUCCGAGGUGGACGACAUUGCCCAGGGCUACGCCGACGAGCUGAUCGCCACCAACGACACGAUCGCCACCAACCCCAAGUUCUUCUCUGAACCUUGUGCGAUCUACAUCGACAACGAGAAGGUCUCCUGUCUGGCCUUGGAAUCGGUCGACGAAGCCGUUCUCCUGCCGGAAUUGAUGGAAUACUGGGCAGCCAAAGGCCGCCUCGCUCCCGAACACUUCCGAUCGGUGGACUGGCCGAUAGUGCACCGAGCGAUGAAGUCUCUGAAGCCCGCCGAACAGCGCUUCAUCACAAAACACACCGUUGGGAUGUGCGGUGUCGGCAAGUUCCGUAAACGAUGCGGUCUCAACUCCAAGAACCGAUGCCCCUUGUGCGGCCUGGAGGAAGACCACCUACACGUUCCCCGCUGCCCUUCCGACCGGGCCAAGACCCAGUGGCAGCUCCUACUCCAAGAACUCCAAGAAUGGUUCCAGUCCACCACCACUGCUACACCCAUCGCCCAAUUCCUUGGGGCCCUUCUUUGCACCAUCCGCACCCCUAACAACCAGCCUCAAACAGAGACUCCGUGGUACCGCCUACACGGAAUGUCUUCUUCCGCCCUCACCCAAGUCUGUGAGGCUCAACUCCGCCUGGGCCCCCAAUGUCUCCUUGAAGGCCUUCUUGUCCACGGCUGGGCCGACCUCCAGCAACAAUUCUACCGCUCUCGCGGUAGUCGCCGAUCCGGUAACCUGUGGGCUGCCAAUCUAUCUUGA